AUGGAUCUUGACAGAAUCAGCGCAUUGUCAGAUUCUUUACUAACACACAUACUCUCGUAUCUUUUGAUCGAAGAUUCGAUCAAGACGAGCGUUUUAUCGAAGAGAUGGGAAUUUCUCUGGCUAAAGGUUCCUGUAAUGGACUUAACCACCGUUAAGAUCUCUCUUCGAGGAGAAGCCAUGUCGUGGUUGAUGCGUAGAUUUUUGGAGCUUAACCGUGGAUCAAGCCUGCAAAGGUUCAACAUAAAGUAUAUUGAUUCCAUUGACGGUAACAAUGGAGUGAUGGAUUUGAUAUCUGAGGUGAUCCAUCGCGGGGUUCAACAUCUAGAGGCUGAUAUGUGCGAAACAAUGCAACAGGGUGGUGUGAUCAGUCUCAUGCCUAAGUAUCUUUACGUGAGCAAGACAUUAGUGUCUUUAAAGCUUGUAAAUGUAGGGCUUGAGAAUCCCAGGUUUGUUGCUUCUCUACCUAAUCUCAAGAUGAUGCAUCUAAAAAACAUUUAUUACAAGAAUCAAUAUGGUCUUUUGAUUAUAAAGAUGCUCAUCUUAGCCUCGCCUCUUCUUGAAGAUCUUACCUUUGACUUUCCUGAAUUAGAAAAGAAACGAAAGCAAAUCGACUUUUGGCGGAACUUUUCUGAUUCCCCGAUGCUAGGCGAAACUGAUGAUGAUCUUACAAAUGUGCCUCUGUGUUUGAUAUCUACGCUGGAGUAUGUUAAGAUUAACAGAUUGGUAAUGAAAGAAGAAAAUGGGCUCAAACUAGUGAAUUACUUUCUUGAGAAUUCAGUAGUCCUCAAGAAACUGACUCUAAGUUUCACACAUUCUUCUGUAACCAACCAACAGCUAGAGAGCUACAAGAAGCUUAUUACAUCCACAAAACUUUCUCCAACAUGUCAAGUUAUCUUUGAUUAA